AUGCAUGAUCUCACAGGCAAGGUAGCAAUGGUCAUUGGCCUCGGCCAGACCGGAACAGAGGGAUGGGGCAUCGGCGCUGCCUGUGCCGUCACUCUGGCUCGGCAGGGCGGCAUCAUCUUUGGCGGCAACAGGACGAUCGCAUCGACGGCCAAAACAACAGAGACCAUUGCGAGCGAAGGCGGACAGUGCGACGUCAUGGCCGUGGACGCUACGUCUUCCGAGUCGGUGCAAGCUCUGGUCGAGGCCUGUCUCGCCAAGCACGGCCGGAUAGACAUCCUCGUCGCCAACGUCGGCCAGUCGCAGCCGGGCUGUCCGGCGACCAUGUCGGAAGCGACGUGGGACUCGCAAAUGGACAUAAACCUCAAGACCGUCUACAUCGCCUGCCACCACGUCUUGCCAGUCAUGGAGAAGCAGCCGUCGGGUGGUGCCAUAGUCUGUGUCUCGAGCAUAGCUGGCAUGCGGUACAUCGGCAAGCCGCAGAUUGCCUACAACACCGCCAAGGCAGCCAUCAACCAGUUUGUCAAGGCUACGGCCGUCAUUUAUGCAAAGCGCGGGGUCAGGCUGAACUGCGUGGUGCCGGGACUGAUGGAGACGCCGUACACCCGGAGUCUCUCGACUCGUUUCGCUGCUGAGGGAGGGUAUGAGGCGUUCAAGAAGAUGAGGGAUGAACAGGUUCCGAUGGGACGAAUGGGUGACGCAUGGGAUGUUGCCAACGCAGCACUGUUUUUGGUAUCUGAUGAGGCUAGGUACAUUACUGGACAGAAGUUGGUUGUUGAUGGCGGCAUCACUUCAUCUACAGGCCGUACAUAA